AUGGCGGCGCAGUUUUACGAACGGAACACGAGGUGAGUUGUUUUUGGACUGAGAGAAUAUGAAAAAAGAUUGCAGCGGGAUGAAUGCGGACAGGUUUAUGGCCCGGUUGACGGACGAGUCGACGGUGAAUACAAUGCAGAGACACUACUGGACCGCCCGGCAAUUUAUACGGACCAAAUUGGGAAAGAAGGUGAAGAAAUGGGUGAGGUGAGAGGAGCAAGUGGAGAUUACAGGAGGACGAACACCUCGAAGCGAGCGACAACGAACUGGACACGUGUCUGAAUCUGUACAGAUCGGUCCAUGGAACUUCCUUUCAAUUACUGAGCAAUGUGGAUAACUAUGCUAACUUCCUACUUGGUAACAGUUCCCUUUCUACUUUAAUUUCAUUCAUUUUCUCGCUAUUCUAGAUGAAACGCUCGUCCAGAAUGUGUUAGGAAAGUAUCUGAAAGAGAAAGGAAAGGUGGAUAAGACGGAAGCGGUCGGAAGGAUUCUGAUAGCCGUCGGGCGGUCCCUUCUCUUCUCGAGCCAUCGGUUAAAUGCCGCAAGGAUCGGAGUCUCCACGUGAGUUCAUUUCCAUUCAUUCCCACUCUCAUUCACUGUUUCUCCAGAUUCUACAACAAGCUGAGUGUGUUUGUGGAACGAGCUAUCGGGGACUGUUCGCAGACGAUUGAAGCCGUGCAAAUGUGCCGGACCGAGUACCGGGGAAGCCUUCUCUGGAUGAAGAAAACGAGCGAAGAGCUCGAUCCGGAGGUGGAUGGAUCUAUGGAGAAGUUCAGAGAAGCGCAGACGACGGUGAAGUCGAACAAAGAGAGGCUCGACCGGCUGAAGACGGACACUCUGCAGAAGGUGAGCCAGAUGGGAAGUGACACGUCUCCAAUUAUAGGGUAGCCAGAAGGGAAAAAAGGAAAUGUGGCUCGUUUCCAGGUCGAUCUUCUGUCCGCUUCCCGCUCGAAUCUGCUUUCCUACGUGCUCACGCAUUAUCAGAAUGAGCUCUAUGAGUAUUAUUUGAAGACGUCUCGAGCAUUUGAAACACUCGCGGAGAACAUAAACUGCUACAACAACUACGAUUUUGAGAUUCUCAGUGUAAGUCACACAUUCUGCCAUUAUAAGUAAGUUUUCUGAAAUUUCCAGCAUCUGGCAACUGGAACUAAACCGGAAAGAGAAGUCAGAAAUGAGGAGAAAACGGAGAACGCGCAACCGAAAGGAUCGGAAGAAGAGCUGAAAACCCUGCUGUUCGGAAGGGAAAGUCCGCAGUUCGGAGGCGAGGAACGGGAAGAGAGCAGGCCGGACAGUCCUUUGAUCGAAGACGUCGAAGAAUCGGCGAAUCAAGGCAACCUGCUGGACCUGGAAUCAGCCGCCUCCGUCGCAUUCCCCAUCGGCCCGCUGGCCACUCUCUUCGACACUUCCUCUUUUGUCCCUCCAAUUCUCCCUCCUCCGGGACCUUCGAAGGGCUCCUCUUCUGCGACCGCAUCCAAUGACAUUUUAUCCCUUUUCGAUGGCAGCAAAACGGCGAAUUUGUCGAAUACGGCUUCUUUGGUUUGUGCUCUCUUUUUGAAUUUUGAAAAAAAAGGGAAAAUGUUUGCAGGAUUGGCAGUCGUUGAUCAACAACUUUGACAUGCAAAACGAAGAAAACUUGCUCUAA